AUGCCCCAGACGAACCUUCAGACGCAUUCAGAAGAGACACAUACCGUUGAAGGUGCAAUUCUCCCCAGCUCUCAGGGAGUCUCUGUCGCCGCGACUGGGCUGGCUGCCAGCAAUGAACCUCGCAUCGGAGACCAACAUCUCCAAGAAAAAGCGAUGCCAGAUACUCUCCAUACUCACGGUAAAACUAGCCACGUUGACUCCAGUCACUGGGUUUCUAUUUUAGAGGAUAUCAAGGAAGUUCGAGAAAGUUUGUCUACUGUUGAUCCCUUCUCGCUCCUCGAGCCGACGAGCGACGACCGUACAAGUGAAAAUCCAGACUUGAGCCUUGCUCUUGGAUCAGAACAUGGAUUGAAAAUUAAAGAUAUUCUUGUCUCGCUGCCCACGCGCCCUAUCUGCGAUAUGUUGGUAUCUCGAUAUUUCAAUGCUCGGUACAUGGUGCUAGGUAUUGUGCACUCGGGGAAAUUUCAGGAUGAAUAUGGAGAAUUUUGGAAAUCGCCACAAAAGGCCCCCGUGCUUUGGAUUGCGCUUCUCUUCGGUAUCCUCAGUGUAUCAGCUCAUCUUCGCCUGAAAGUGAACGCAGACGGGACUUUAAAUGGUUCAAUGCCAUCGCCCGAUAUCCUCCGACAAAAGGCAGCGCAGUGCCUUGCGUUAGGGGGAUAUAAAACAGCCAAUGCCCAUGCGUUAGAGGGACUGCUUCUAUACACUCAGAGUGGGUUUAUGAGUGACAUGAAAACCACCUCUCGACAAUGGUUCGACAUGGGGAUCAUACUCAGGUUAGCAUUCCGUAUGGGCUACCAUCGCGAUCCCAGCACUUUACCAGGUGCCAUAUCACCAUUCGAUAGUGAAAUGCGACGUCGGGUGUGGCUGCAUAUCUUCCAGGUGGAUGCGCUAUUAAGUUUCCAGAUCGGCCUUCCAAGCAUGAUACCAGCUGAGUGCUGUGACACCCAUUUUCCCAAGAAUCUAUACGACGCCGAUCUGCACGUUGGGAUGUCAGUAUUACCUCCAUCUCGACCCUCUUCUGAAUACACACCCAUCCUCUAUGGUAUCUCCAAGGCCGGUGUAAUGAGUAUCUUCAAAAAGAUCGUUGCCCACACGAUUUCACUCGCACCACCGUCUCACAGCAAAACCAUUACUUUGGACGCGGAGAUGCGCGGUGCAUACACUCUAGUUCCCGACUUUUUAAAAUGGAGAGACAUCAGUCAGUCUCUCAUGGACUCAUCCGAGGUAAUCCUAAACCGAUGCACAAUAGAACUCCUAUACCUGAAAGGCCUUGUUGUUCUUCACCGCCGGUAUAUCCGAUAUGAGCACCAAGACGCUAAAUCCGAGUCAUCACGACGCUUCUGCGUGGAAGCAGCACUUGAAAUUCUCGCCCGCCAAGCAGACAUGCAUUCAGCAUUCCAGCCUGGAGGCCGUUUACAAGAAGACCAGUGGAUGAUUUCCUCGCACACAAUCUAUGAUUUCCUCUUAGCUGCAAUGGUCAUCUGUCUGGAUUUAUCUGUGCGUCUGGAAUCUCAUACGACGGCGUUUGUAGACGAGCGUGCAGACCAUGGCUUUGUUUCGAGGGAGAUUGUUGCACUAAAAACAUCCCAGCGGAUUUGGGCUGCUAAUAGUCAUCUUUCGUCGGAAUCGCGCAUUGCGUCGCUGGCGCUGGACUUGAUGGCUCGUAAAGUGGCUGAGCGGCAGGCUAGCUUCUCUUGCGGGGGGGAUGUCUAUAUGGAUAUUCCUCAAGUGAGUCUGGAGUUGCCUUAUAUGGAGCCGAUGUCGGAAAUGAUUGAUGGGUCUGAGACGCUGGACUGGGUAAGCCCUUUGAUGGAAAUUGAAUCGAUCAUGAAUGAUAUCUGA